GAGAGGCACAGAGACGGAUUUGUGAAGGCAGAGAAAAAUAAAUAUAAGAUAGACCGGUAAAUUCCUAGAAGACAGAGAGUGUUUUGGAUUAUAUCAGUUAUUAUAAAUAUCAUUGACAGACCACUGUAGGUAGUACUCCGAAGAGACAUUGACAUGGAGUUUACUAGGCAUUACUUGCCAUCGGAAUGGGAAGAGCGAUGGAGGAGAGAGAAGGAAAGGCGUAAAAGAGCGAUUGAAGAUGGCGGAGAAGAAGGGAUAGAACAGGACGAACGCGAACUGAGGAGGAUCGUGGCUUACAAUGACUCCAGGAUGGGGCUGAUUAGUGGAAGGGGUAAGAAAAAGGAGUCAGGGGUCAGGAUGAGUGGUACUAGUCAGGAGGGAAUUGGGGAGCAUAUGAGUGAGGAAGCAUUUAUGGAUGAAGGACUUGUGCACACAUACCGCAGUGAAACCUAUCCUAAAGAGGUGUUCAUGACCCUGAAGGAAUUCUGGGAUUCAUCUCUUCUCACAGACCUGACGCUGACCACUGAUGAUGAGUAUAGCGUUCAUGUACACUCCCCUAUUCUAGCUGCUGUCAGCUCCUUCAUCCGUGAGAGACUGAGUGAUGAAAGUGGAGGACAAUCAGACAACAAUAAGGAUGUAGAAGUCCAAAGGAGGUCAGUGUCUUUGGGUCCUGAGGUGGAUCACAUUGGGCUACAGGCGGUUGUGGAGUUUGCUUACACUGGAGCUGUAUUGUCUUUAAACAAAGACAGCAUGGCCUUAAUUAAGACUGCAGCUGAAGCGCUGGGGGUCCCAAGAAUACUGGAUCUCUGCAACAAAGAGAAGAUGAAGAAAACUGGAAAGACCCCUUACCUAGAACAGAUAAAGAUUACUCUUCAGUCCAUUAAACAUCUGUGGGAAGACAGAGUGGGGUGUGAUGUCAUUCUUGAUGUGGAUGGGGCUUCCUUCCAUGUCCACAGAGUUAUCCUGGCGGCAAGCAGUGACUACUUCCGUGGAAUGUUCACCAGUGGGAUGAAGGAAUCCCAUCAGACCCGUGUCACCCUUCCCUUCUUGUCAGCUUCUGAGCUAGAGGCUCUGAUUAGCUGCUCCUACAGUGGGACCCUUCCACUUAGCUGGGGCUGCAUCUUCGAAAUUACCUGCAUGGCCCUUCAGCUUCAGUUCCAGCCUGCGCUGUCGCUUUGCCUUGACUUCAUGAGACAGGAAAUCAAUCCAAGCUCAUGCCUGGAUGUAGCAUCUUUUGCUGAGGCCUACGGGAUGUCAGAGCUCCUUGAGGAAGCCAAUGAUUUUGUACUGAUGAACUUCUGGGAGGUGUCAACCACGGCAAAGUUUCAAGACCUGCCAGCAGAGAAGCUUCUAGACAUCCUCUGCAGUGAUGGUCUGUGCGUGCCCUCAGAGUUGGCAGUUUUUCGAGCUGUAUCAUCAUGGGUUGAGGCUGAUCCCGAGGAGAGGUUGGGCCAGGCAGGCCUGUUGAUGACUGGAGUCCGCUUCCCCCUCAUGACCUUUCGUGAGUUCAGGGAGGUUAGGGCCAUUAACCUUCGCAUGGAGUGCUUUGGAAACAAGGAGGUGGAACUCUAUGGCUCAGCAUUCAAGGAAUUUGCCUUCAGUCUUCCAAAAACUCAGGAUCAGUGCCGGGUCCGGCGUCCCAAAGAUGUUCUGGUUGUGGUUGGGGGAGACCAGAUGAACCCAAAUCCGGGUCUGCGCAUAGCAAGCAGGGAACUGUGGUUUGCAAACUCCCUACGCAGUGGUACAGGGUUGAUGAAGGAGAUAGAGUGGAGGAAGUUGGGUGAGGUGCCAGACAAGCCAACGUUCAGGCAUGGAAUAGCAGUAAUGGGGGGAAGAUUGUAUGUGGUUGGAGGAUGCUACUUCUACACCAGCAAUGAUGUGAUGAAAUGUGCAUACAGUUAUGACCCUGUGCAGAACAGCUGGAAGACGCUGGCUGACAUGCAGGAGUUCAGAAGUAACUUCUCAGUGGUGGUAAACGAGGAGCGUCUUUUUGCCAUUGGUGGAGAUAAGGAGAUUAACACCAACGUAGACAGUGUCGAGAUGUACAACCCAGACACUGACUCCUGGAGCUUCGUCCAACCCCUGGACCAGGCUCUCAGCGGCCACGCUGUCACUGUCAUAGAUGGAGGAAUCUUUAUCUCUGGUGGUUUCAACUGUAAGUAUGAGUGUCUGGUUUCCACAUUCCUGUACCACCCACGCAGAGGAACCACCUACCUGGCAGACAUGGCCCAUGACCGAGCCCAGCACUGCAUGGAGCCCCUGCGAGGCCGUCUUUAUGUCGCCGGUGGUGUGUGUAACCUGAGGAAGUUUUACACUGACCAACAAGCCUGUGAAGUGUACGAUCCCGUGGCGGACUCCUGGACUGCUUUUGCGUCACUACCUGUGCCCCACGUGGGAGCAGCCUCAUCCGUCCUGGAGGGGAAGAUCUAUGUACUAGGAGGAUACUGCCAGGAAGAUUACAGUGAGUCCGGACUGGUCCACCGGUUCAAUCCCAGCACACAGAGAUGGGAGAAUAUGGGCAAACUGCCGGGGGCUGUUACUGACAUGCGGGCCUGUCUGCUCCGAUUGCCUGAACACUUAAGACUUUAAUAACGGAAAUGAUAAUUUUUAGAAACAUUUGUGGUGCUUCCUGAAAUUUAACAUACUAUGAGCAAAUGUAGUUGCGCUAAAAGUCUGUUUCAUUGUCAGAGAUGUGAUAUAAUUUAUGGAAAUUGUCUCUAUAAUUGAAAUAUGCUAAAGAAUAGAAUCAAAUAUACAAUCCAAAAUACUAACUAGCAAUCAAAUUAAUUUGCACAUCAUAAUAUGAUGACAUAAAUCUCAGCAUGUCCUUUUAACAUCCACCUUAUUGCAGGGAC